AUGCAAGCAAUGUUAUUGGAGCAAUUGGAGGUGAAAAACAGCUGUUGGUUAGAGUAUAGCAUCAAAGCAGACAAAGUAUAUUGUCUAUAUUGUUACUUGUUUAAAGAAGAUGUUGGUAAUCAAGGCGGAAGAGAUACGUGGUCUUAUAGUUCUAAAGGCUUUAGUGAUUGGAGUAAAAAGGGGUCAUUAAAGGAACAUGUUGGGAAUGUUGAUAGUCAUCAUUCAAAGGCGGCACAAAAAUGUCACAAUCUCAUGAAUCAAAAGAAACAUAUGGAUGAGAAUAUGAAGAAGUUGACUAAAGAAGAAAUGAUUGCAAAUUAUUAUCGAUUACUAGGUUCUGUUAUGAGUGGUAGAUUCUGUUUAGAAAACUCUUUACCCUUUCGUGGCCAUGAUGAGUCGGAAGAAUCUAAUUCUCAAGGUAUGUUUCUUUCGGUGUUAAACUUGAUUAGUACUAACCACCCGGAAAUUGGAAAGUACACAUUAGGGAAUGCGAAAAAGAACAAUAAAUUGACAUCGCCAAAGAUACAAAAGGAGAUUAUUGAAUGUUUUUCAAAGGAAGUAACAAAAAGCAUUUGUGCACAAAUUAAAGAUGACGUGUUUGGGUUGUUGGUAGAUGAAUCCAGUGAUGUUUCUUUGAAGGAGCAAAUGGCUGUAGUUGUUAGAUAUGUUGAUAAACUUGGUGUUGUUAGAGAGAGUUUUAUCGGAAUUGUUCAUGUGAAAGACACGGCUUCUACAACUCUUAAACAAGCCAUUGAUGAUUUAUUAGUAAGCAACCAGUUGAGCAUAAAACAAGUGAGAGGCCAAGGUUAUGAUGGUGCAAGCAACAUGCGGGGAGAAUUUAAUGGGUUAAAAGCGUUGAUUUUGAAAGAUAACCCGUCUGCACAUUACAUCCAUUGUUUUGCUCAUCAACUUCAGUUGGUUAUAGUCGCUGUUGCAAAAAAACAUGCCGGUGUGAAAACUUUCUAUGAAUUCCUUUCCAUGGUUGUCACUACGGUUUCAGCUUCUUGCAAACGAAAAGAUAUGUUAAGGGAGGAAAAAAAGGCGAGAGUGGAAAAAGAGAUACUUGAAGGUGAAAUUAAAACGGGUAAAGGAUUAAACCAAGAGGUUUCCCUAGCACGAGCCGGUGAUACGCGAUGGGGUUCACAUCAUAGAACCAUCAUCAGUUUGCUUAGAUUGUUUCCGGAAGUUGUUACCGUACUUCAAUAUGUUAAAGAAGAUGGAGAUUGCAGUCAACAACGGACAAAUGCAAAAGGUAAAGAUUUAUUAGAAGCGGCCAACUUGAUAAAUGGUACAAAACGAGCAUUAAAUGAUUUAAGACAAAAUGGGUUUGAGCCGAUGUUGGAAAAAGUGACUUCUUUUUGUAAAAAAUAUGACAUUACAAUGUUGGACAUGACGGAAAGUUAUGGUAAUCCAAGAAACCGUAAGAAUGUCAUUACAAAUCGACAUCAUUUUGAAGUAGACAUUUUUAAUGAGGUUUUGGACAUGCAAAUUCAAGAAUUAGGAAAUCGAUUUAGUGAGGUAACAACUAGUUUGAUAAAAAAUAUGUCGGGUUUAAAUCCUUCUAACGGUUUAUCUAAGUUUGACCCAUCGAAGAUAUUGGCGUUUGCUAAAAUGUACCCGGAUGAUUUUACUACACAAGAAAUAGGGAGUCUUUUGGGUGAUAUUGAGUCAUUUCGUCACACAAUAAGCGAUGAUGAUAACUUUGAAGACUUGAAUGGAAUAAGUGAUCUUGCGCGUGUUAUGGUUGAAACGGGAACGCAUAGUUCUUGUCCUACAGUUUAUCGGUCAGAGUUAUAA